AUGUCUAAUGAUCCCUCCACCACCACCUCCUCCAUUGCUGGCGACACCACCAAGGCAACCACAGACGACAACAUCAGCCCUGCCACCACCAUCCCAGAAGACACCACCACCCUAACCACAACCGCCGACAGCAAAGCCUCAACCUCAUUAGACUCAUCCACAACCUCCUCCAAAUCCCAAGCUGCAGCAUUCCAAUCCCUCUCCACCAUCCUCCCCUCCUUCUCCCCCACUUCCCACACCACCGCCCGCUCCCUCCUCCACGACCCCCACACAUCCUCCGCAAUCUCCUCCCUCCUCAAACAACCCGACUCCGGCGCCGGCGACAACAACCUCUGCCGCUGGCUCUACGACACCUUCCAGUCCUCUGAUCCCGACCUCCAGCUCCUCGUCCUCCGCUUCCUCCCCCUCGUCGCCGGCCUCUACCUCUCCCGUGUCCCCCUCCGCAUCCCCCUCGCCGGAUUCGAGGCCGUCCUCUUGGCCCUCUACGCUCACGAGACCACUGCCCGCGGCGGUCAGUCCGUUACCGUCAGCGUCCCUGACUUGUCCCACACCAGCCUCUACCACGAAACCAAGUCCGCCGCUGUGAAGAGCAAUGCCACCGGGCUCAACCUCGCCGUUAUAUCACCCAGCUUGGAGCCUCACGGCACCAUCAGAUCCACCCGUAGGGCCAGGAUAGUCGGGGUUGCGUUGGAACUGUACUACACUAAAAUAUAUGAAAUGCCGGUCGAGUCCAAGAUGGAUUUCUGCGAGUUCUGCAUGGUUUGGGCCGGUCAAGACGGAGAAAUGUACAAACAGGUGGUGGAGAAGAGCAGUGGAAACAACACAAUCGAAGCGAAUAAGGAGCAGCAGAAGGAGGAGGAGAAGGAAGAGAGUAGUGCGAGGAAUAGUAAUAAUAAGGAAGGGAUGAGGAGAGUUCCCUUGCCAUGCGAACUGAUGCAACCAGUUUUGAGGAUUUUAGGGCACUGCCUCUUGUGCCCUAAUCAGAACAAGAAGCUGACAGACAAGGCGAGUGAAGCGUGUAGAAGUUUAUAUGCGAGGUCCAUGCAUGAUGUCAAUCCCAAGGCUAUUCUGGCUACUGGGAGUUUGCUCAGGCUAGCCAACAUGGCUUUUGACUCUCCCAAUCAAGACGGUUUUGAUCCAACUGAGCUUCCCAAAUCUAGUGUCAUCACUCUGUAG